AUGAUGCACCAGCCGUUGACAAGCUCGUGCCCAUCGACCUCGGAGGGGCAUGUCAAAGCCCCAGCGAUUCAUUUUCCUGACGGUACCGUCAAGCAGUCGACUCUACUCCGGUCCCCGACCGUCCAUCGGAAUGGACAUGUCAACCUAGAUACAUUUUCACCAGUCAAUGAAAACGGGAGCUUCGAAUUCGAUCGCGUCUUGAAAACUGGGAAGGUGCAUCGUCGGGUUAAACAUAAACAUGCAUUCAGGGCCUCCUGGAAACAAGCCUAUCUCGUUCUCCGCCCGAAUCUGUUAUCAGUCUACAAAGAUGAGGAAGCAACAAGGUUGCGGCUAUCCAUUACUCUAUCAGAAGUAACCGCGAUCGCACCCGUUAAAUCUCCUCGGUCAAAUCGCCAGCACGUUUUUGGCAUAUUCUCCCCUUCGAAGAACUAUCGCUUCCAGGCUCUGUCGGAAAAAGAUGCGCAGGAUUGGAUCGAGCGCAUUCGUGCCGAAACCCGCAUGGACGAGGAAGAGGAGGCGUUUCUGGCCCUUUCCAUGAAAGGAAAUAAUACAGCGACGAGCAAGCAGCAGAUCGAUGAUACCACUGAUUUCUCGGAUGUUGAGCAUAUAGCAAGGGCCAGCUCGCCUGAAUUUGGACGAGCAAGCUCUCCUGGAGGACGUCUCACUGCCCACCAAAAUUUCUCGGGACAUGACAUUACGUCUUACUCAGAAUGGUCCGAUGGACCAGCGAGCAACUCCAGUGUUCGCCCCGUUUCAAGAACUUCAACAAUUCCUAACUUAUCUGUGUCUACUCCGGCGAGUGCACAGCCCGCUUCUGCGCGCGAUACGGAUCGGACCCAGGAAUCAGGUGCUCGGCGUGACCCGGAGAGAGUUAUCUGUAAUGGCUAUCUUCAAUGUCUUCGCAUUAAAGGAGGCGUGCGCCAAUGGAAACGACUAUGGGUUGUCUUGCGUCCAAAGAGCCUUGGCUUCUAUAAGGAUGAACAGGAGUAUUCCGCAGUCAAGAUCCUUCCCAUGGACCAGGUAUUCGACGCCGCAGAAAUUGACCCAAUAUCUCGGUCAAAACUCUACUGUCUACAAGUCAUCGCAGAGGAAAAAUCAUAUCGUCUAUGCACAGACAACGAAGAAUCCCUUGCAAAGUGGUUAGGGUCCCUAAAAAGCGUUCUAGUCGCUCGCAAGAAACUCGAAUCAGAGACUGUGCCAGGAGCGGCAGCGGCAACGGCAGCAGCAGCAGCAGCAGCCUGA